UUUGUGCUGUUGCCCAGAAGCUUCCACGGCUGGCUUUGAUACCUGGCACGGCACUGCCCUGACCUUGGGCAAGUCACUUUGCUCCUAGCCAGUUGGCAAACUGGUAACAGGCUACAGGGAUGCAAACGCCAGUACCGUGUAGAUGACACAAGCUUCUACCCAGGAGGGCCAACCUCAAGAGAUCAAAAAUCAUGAGGGUUUUUGCAUGGGAAAGGUGAUGGCAGGUAUACAUAUCGUAACAUAUUAUCUGUUUAUUGGAGACUUCUUAUUCCACAGUAACCAAUAAGCAAGUGAACCAUGAGGACAAAUCCUGCCAUUCAAGCUGCCAUCGACCUCACAGCAGGUGCAGCAGGUGGGACUGCAUGUGUGCUAACCGGCCAGCCUUUUGACACAGCUAAGGUGAAGAUGCAGACGUUUCCCAGCCUGUAUAGAGGACUCAUAGAGUGUAUUGUGAAGACCUAUAAACAAGUUGGAUUGCGAGGAUUCUAUAAAGGGACCACCCCAGCACUUGUAGCCAACAUAGCAGAAAACUCAGUCCUGUUCAUGUGCUAUGGGUUUUGCCAGCAGAUUGUGAGGGCACUUGUUGGAUUAGACAAGAAAGCAAAACUGAGUGACUUGCAGAAUGCAGUUUCAGGCUCUUUUGCCUCUGCAUUUGCUGCCCUGGUCCUAUGUCCUACAGAACUGGUGAAGUGUCGGCUGCAGGCCAUGCAUGAAAUGCAAUUAUCUGGAAAGAUAGCACAAGGACACAAUACAGUUUGGUCAGUAAUGAAAAGUGUUAUUCAAAAGGAUGGCCCACUUGGGUUCUACCAUGGUCUGUCAAGCACUUUACUUCGGGAAGUGCCAGGUUAUUUCUUCUUCUUUGGAGGCUAUGAACUGAGUCGGACGUUUUUUGCAGCAGAGAGACCAAAAGAUCAACUAGGGCCCAUUCCUUUGAUGGUGAGUGGUGGUUUUGGAGGCAUCUGCUUAUGGAUUGCUGUUUAUCCUGUGGACUGUGUCAAAUCUAGAAUUCAAGUUCUUUCCAUGUCUGGAAAACAGGCAGGCUUCAUGGGAACAUUUGCAAAUAUUUUGCGACAUGAAGGAGUAGUUGCCUUGUAUUCUGGACUAAAGCCUACUUUGAUUCGUGCAUUCCCUGCCAAUGGUGCACUGUUUCUUGCCUAUGAGUACAGCCGCAAGAUGAUGAUGGAACAGGUUGAUGCCUUCUGAAAUCUUACAGCAGGUUUAGGUCAGCCGUUUUAAAAAGAACUGUAAAUCAUCUCAGGGCUUGAAUGGAUACAAAACUAACAGUGUGACAUUAUCAUUUGAGAAACUCGGUUCAAUUUAGGAUUUAAAAAAUUUUUUAAAGUGAACAAAUUUUGUAGACAUUGUGUGUGGUUUUUAAAGGUGUUUUUUGUUUUUUGAGGAGGGUGGAGACAUGUUUUUAAACUCUUUCCACCUAUUGUGCUGCUAAAGAGACUUAAUUAUGUUGUCCUGAUAGAAGUGAUACACAGCAUACAGGGCAGUGAUCUUUCAGUUAGUUAAUGUCAAAUUUAAAAAACUGUAGUGCUGUAAUGACCAUGGUACAAGAAGUAUGAUUCAUUUAUCAUUGGUAGCAAACACAGCUGACUACCACAUAGCACUGGUGCAUUAAAGUAGUACUGCUUUUUUCAUUAACUGUUUUUAGGGUCUGUCUAUGUAGCUAGUUACUCUUGAACAGUUUCAUCUGUGGAUGUAUUGAUUCUGGAAUAAAUCUUAUUCCAGAUUAUUUUAAUCCACUUUAGACAUCCUAUCAGGAGUAGUUAAUCUGCUUUAAAUUCAUACCGUAUGUUGUUCUGGAUUCACUUUCAUGUGUACGUGAGUCCUUAGUGGGGGUAUGCAAUGGAAA